AUGUUUCCAUUACAGCGUGCUUUAUUAAUCAAUGGAUUCACCCUUUUUGGUUUAUGUUUUGUUAGUUUUCUCGGUGAUUGCUUGUGUUUUGGACGACCUUUUUCAAUUUAUUCACCCUCCAAUACAUACGUUCGUGCUUUGACUGAUAAUCUCACUCAUGGAUUAGUUAGUGUAUUUGCCACAAGUUUUCUAUUUGGUUGGACUCGACGGUCACUAUUAAUCAUAGCUUUAAUAGCGGGUUCUUUUGUUGAUAUCGAUCAUUUUAUUGAAGUACGUUCAUUAUCGUUAUAUCGUGCAUUACAUGAUCAACCACGAGAUCGACCAUUUCUUCAUAAUAGUCUGCUUUUGUUAAUAAUUACUUUCAUCGUUUAUACGAUUGAACUUUUUCUAUGGCGAUCUCAAAAUACUUUUUAUUCGAUUGUAUUUUUUCUUGGUUGGUCAACACAUCAUCUAAGAGAUGCUCAAAGGCGUGGUUUAACUUUAUCACCAUUGGGACAAACUUCGCCUAUUGAUCAUUAUCUACCGAUUAUAUGUAUUUCAUUAAUAGCUAUGAAAUUAGUUCACUUAUUUGUAUUUAAUACUCAACCAGCAUCUUAUAAUGUUAUAGUACGUCGUUCAACAUGCGACCGUACUAUAUUAACAACAUUUAUUGAUCGACUAGAUACUCUUCAUUAUUUAGAUUUGUCUUCCUUACAAAUUAAUAGAUCAACGAACUACAAUAAUGAACAAUUGAAUCUUCCAUCUAAAUUAAAAGCAUGCAGUUUAAAUAGUACACUACUACAAUUUUGUUCGUUUAUGCCUCAUAUAUCUUUACGUUCACUUGAAUUAAUUGAUAUCAAUAUUGAUUUACUAUCAAUCAUUCUUAAAAUGUUGCAAUCAUUAAAAACAUUGUGUCUGUUUUUUACUACUAAAAAUGUUUCAUUAUCUUCAAUGGUCAACUAUCUUCAUCAAUCACAAUAUUCUCAACUAUGGAUUCAUUUUCAUAUAUUAUCACUGGAAGAUUAUGAUGAGAAACAAACGUUACCAUCGAAUAUUUUAAUAAUGCCCAUAAAAAAUUUUCUCACAUGUUUUUGUUAUCGAAAUCGAAUUAAAUAA